CUCUCCUGGGGAAGUGUGAAGAGAGAGGCGAGGGCGGGAGCUGGGCUGAGUGCGGCGCUCGCGGGCCAGCGCGGGUUCCAGGUGAGCGCGGGCUCGGCGCGCCCGGCUGUCGGAGAGGCGGGCCAGAGUCUGCCCGGCUGGGUCGGAGGCUGGAUUCCGUGCGUGGACCGCCGUUCCCUCUUCGCGGGAUCCUGGGCCACGACAGCAGAUGCAUUUUGUAGGAGUAUUUUGAAGAUGAAUGUUUGCAAAUCAUUUUGAAAUUGCCAAGCACUACAUAUAUGGGAUGCAUUCUGCCUUUAUUCUGGACUUCACCUUUGUGGCUUGGAUUUAUCACAGUAGCAUCUGUCUUCGAUCUAUGUGUUAACUAGAAAUCAAGGAAAGACAUGAGGAGGUUUGUUUACUGCAAGGUGGUUCUAGCCACUUCACUGAUGUGGGUUCUGGUUGAUGUCUUCUUACUCCUCUACUUCAGUGAAUGUAACAAAUGUGAUGACAAGAAGGAAAGAUCCCUGCUACCUGCUCUCAGGGCUGUUAUUUCAAGAAACCAAGAAGGGCCAGGAGAAAUGGGAAAGGCUGUGCUGAUUCCUAAAGAUGACCAGGAGAAAAUGAAAGAACUGUUUAAAAUUAAUCAGUUUAACCUCAUGGCCAGUGAUUUGAUUGCCCUUAACAGAAGUCUGCCGGAUGUAAGAUUAGAAGGAUGCAAGACAAAGGUCUACCCUGAUCAACUUCCAAAUACAAGUGUAGUGAUCGUGUUUCAUAAUGAAGCUUGGAGCACUCUCCUUAGAACUGUAUACAGUGUUAUAAAUCGUUCCCCACACUAUUUACUUUCUGAGGUCAUCUUGGUGGAUGAUGCCAGUGAAAGAGAUUUUCUCAAGUUGACAUUAGAGAAUUAUGUAAAAAAUUUAGAAGUGCCAGUGAAAAUUAUCAGAAUGGAAGAGCGCUCUGGGUUAAUACGUGCCCGCCUUCGAGGAGCAGCUGCUUCAAAAGGGCAGGUCAUAACUUUUCUUGAUGCACACUGUGAAUGUACUUUAGGAUGGCUGGAGCCCUUGCUGGCGAGAAUAAAGGAAGACAGGAAAACAGUUGUAUGUCCCAUCAUUGAUGUGAUUAGUGAUGAUACCUUUGAAUAUAUGGCUGGGUCAGACAUGACUUAUGGGGGUUUUAACUGGAAACUGAAUUUCCGUUGGUAUCCUGUUCCACAAAGAGAAAUGGAUAGGCGGAAAGGAGACAGAACAUUACCUGUCAGGACCCCUACUAUGGCUGGUGGCCUAUUUUCUAUUGACAGAAACUACUUUGAAGAGAUAGGAACUUACGAUGCAGGAAUGGAUAUCUGGGGUGGAGAGAAUCUUGAAAUGUCUUUUAGGAUUUGGCAAUGCGGAGGCUCAUUGGAGAUUGUGACUUGCUCCCAUGUUGGUCACGUUUUCCGGAAAGCAACUCCAUACACUUUUCCUGGUGGCACUGGUCAUGUCAUCAACAAGAACAACAGGAGGCUGGCAGAAGUUUGGAUGGAUGAAUUUAAAGAUUUCUUUUAUAUCAUAUCCCCAGGUGUUGUCAAAGUGGAUUAUGGAGAUGUGUCAGUCAGAAAGACACUAAGAGAAAAUCUGAAGUGUAAGCCCUUUUCUUGGUACCUUGAAAACAUCUAUCCGGACUCCCAGAUUCCAAGACGUUAUUACUCACUUGGUGAGAUAAGAAAUGUCGAAACCAAUCAAUGUUUAGACAACAUGGGCCGCAAGGAAAAUGAAAAAGUGGGCAUCUUCAACUGUCAUGGUAUGGGAGGAAAUCAGGUAUUUUCUUAUACCGCUGACAAAGAAAUCCGAACCGAUGACUUGUGCUUGGAUGUUUCUAGACUCAAUGGACCUGUAAUUAUGUUAAAAUGUCACCAUAUGAGAGGAAAUCAGUUAUGGGAAUAUGAUGCUGAGAGACUUACCUUGAGACAUGUUAACAGUAACCAAUGUCUUGAUGAACCUUCUGAAGAAGACAAAAUGGUGCCUACCAUGCAGGACUGUAGUGGAAACAGAUCCCAACAGUGGCUGCUAAGGAAUAUGACUUUGGGGGCGUGAAGACUGUUUCCCCCAGCCAUGAAUGUGUCUACACUUUUGUUUUUGCAUUAUUUCAAUUAAGGAAAAAUAUUAACUUUACUGAAUUGAAAUAUUUAAAAUCCUUUUAGUAUUCUAAAACACAGUUCUUUAUAAUUCAUUUUUAGGAAUGUUGCUUAUUUCCCUACUAAAAUUUGUAUCUGAUCAAAAGCACAUAAAAAAUAUAAAUAACAGCAAACUGUUAUUAAACAUCAGGAAAACUUAAGAAACAGUUUCUUUGCUUUAAAAAACCUUUAUUGCCCUCUUGUCAUAGGAUUAGUUAGGGGUUAUUUUUAUUUUUUAUUGUCAUGGUGACUGAGAGACAAUGUAAAUGCCUUAUAAAAUAUCUUCAUUGUGAAAUAGUAUCAAUUAUUUUAUACUGGAUCUUCAUGGAAACAUAUCGAAUUUCUAUACCAACAGCAAGGUCACACAUUGAAUUAUUUCUGAGCAAUGAAUUCAUUGAACAAAAUGAGUUCUGAGUUUUGUAUCCCCGCCCUAAAAUUAAAUUAGAUAUUGACUUCUCAUAGAGUUCUUAUAAAAAUACCACAUUUAAACAAAACAAGCAAACAAAAAAGAGCAGAAUUUGAAAAUUCAAUUUAAAGUACAUGUAAUCAGAAGACACAAGCUAAGCCUUGAGGGUAGCAAGAUGAAGCUAAAUUGCACAAUAGAAUCAUUUUAAAAGAUACCCUGUUCAGGUUGCAAUCACUUCC